GUGUGGAUGUGCGUGCAAGAGCCUCUCGUUUCCUGAUCAUGGUGAUCAAAUAACAUGUGAUAAAAGGGCUUCUGGCCCUAGAAUUCUCAAGCUUACCCAUUUCUUGGGGUUAGAGUGGUUCUCGACUACUUCCACGAUAUGCUUGCCUCUCAGCACCAGAUUCGACAGCUGAGGCUGGUGAUACCUGGAGUUCUUAUCACCUAUUUCUUUGGAACGUGGAAGGAAAUUUGGGAAAUCCAGCAGCAAGAGCAGACUUGGGGCAGGACGGCGGCUUUGAGUAGCCUCUUCCUGGGCCUCACGACUAUCGGACUAUUCCUCUAUGUUAUGUUGACUCCCUGGCGGAAGGGAGAAGAGCCAAACUUUCGCUCUUGGAGGGAAUCGGGACUUCUGUCAACCGUAAUACCUCUGUUGACAUCCUCAAUUGUUGGAGGCUGGUUACUCCUAGUAGUGACCCUGGGAGAAUGGUCAGGUCUAGGAUACCUGAAAGCUAUUGUUGCUGCUUCCGGCGUUUAUAUGCUUACUUUUGGAGUUCUUGGACUGAUACCGGCGCCAAAGGUCCCGAGAAAAUGAAAGCGGCGGUGUAGCAUAUUUGUAGAGAUUAAUGGACAGCCUACAAGAAUGUACUGUAUACCUUGUAUGUGGAUUAUUGUUGGAGAGACGCAAAUCUAGACAGCGGCACAGCAUCAGCCAUCCGUAAGCCGGGAGUC